AUGCCUCUGAUCAUCACUCGCCUAUACGAGUACAGCCUCUAUAAUACUAGCUAUCAUUUUCCCUAUUACAGGUCUAUAGUGAGCAAAGACUCCUGGCACAUCAGUGCGAAACAAGAGCUCUUCCUCUUUCAAACACACUCAGAGAUCCGGUCGGUGAGUCCAGAGUCGGGCAGUAUAGGUGGAGGGACAGAUGUCACCAUUACUGGGGAUUUCUUUCAGUAUUCAGUUAAAGUCACUGCAGCAGGAGCCCCGUGCAAGAUCAGAUCUGUUUCUCCCAGAUUGAUUGUUUGUACAACAUCGCCAAACAGACAGACCCAGAAUCCUCCUCAUCCAGGUAACCGAGGGUUGUGGUUCGAACUGCGGGAUGGAUCAGAUGAUCUAAACACCACUGACAAGCUUCCUCUUCUCCGUGGAUUAAUGGUCCCAGAUGCCCAAUCUCCAGAUAUCAGGAUCAGACCAGGGCGCCCCUUCAGUGCAAGGCUACAAGGAUUCUUCGUGUGUCCAGAGACAAACAAUUACACAUUCUGGAUACAGGCGGACAGUAAAGCUCAGCUCUUCUUCAGUUCUUCGGAGGCGGCUGAAACAAAGUUUGAGGUUGCCUCCAUACCACACGGCAUUUCAACAUGGACCGAGCGCUGGGAGCUGGACUGGGAUGACCGCUGGAAACAGAAAUCCUCCAAAAUGGAGCUUUUACGUGGCCAGAAAUAUUACUUAGAGAUGUUACAGUAUGGCGCAGGACCGUCAUCCGGCAUGAAGGUCGGCGUUCAGAUUCACAACACCUGGCUGAAUCCAGAAGUAGUGAACACUUACCAAAGAGAGAAGCACCAGAUAGUGGCCCAGUCUUCCCAACUUCCUGAAAUCCAGAAGCUGACUUUCUCAGGAGAAGGCUUGGUCCGGUUUUGUUGGGACGGUGUAGCCAGCAAAACGGUUCACCCGAACAGCACCGCGGAGGAAAUACAGUCGGCCAUUAAAGACAUGCUGUCAGUCCGCUGUGUCACAGAGCCGUCCAUGGGGGAUAUAUUCCACAGUUAUGGGUUUGAAGAAGAUGAGAUGAAUGAGCCCGGCACGGGUGGAGUGAAGGCAGGGUGGACGGAGCCGUACUGUGGGAUGUUCAGCAUCUUCAAACCUACACACAUUCUGAAGGGAUCUAGUCCAAUGGAAACACUGGAGAUAAACCAUCACAGCCAUGAGGUGUGUUUUGCCUAUAAGGGAUAUUUGAGGGAAGAUCUUCUGGUCUCCAUCACAUACAACUCCACAAAGAAUUCACUGAACCCAGUAAGAAAGAAUUCUACUUGCCACUGGGAGUCUCGUGGGGGCGAUCGUGAGAGCUGGAACUAUGUCUGUAUGGAUCUUUGGAUGUGUAUAGAAGACACAUUGGGUGAUGCUGAUGGACUCUCUUCAAUCCACGUAGAUCAGAUUCUUUUGAUGCAAGUAGAAGAUGAGGAAAACAAUUGGUAUUUUAUUGAUGAGAUCGUCAUUGCCAAUAGAAGCAUAAAAGUUUACCAAGUGGGUCCAAAACCAGCACGGCCAGGCGGACAUCUUCUGAAUGCCAUAGCUGUUACUGGGACUUACCCCAUCUUCAACCUGACUGCUUCCGUGGCCAACUGUGGAACCGACCUUCCCUUUAUAGAGCUGUGUGGAGCUACCAUGGAAGAUCCAGGAACAGAUCAGCUCCGGCAGACACCGAGUCAAGUAAAUGAAGUAACUUCAUUGGUGGUUACAAGACUACAAGCGGCAAGCCCACCAAUUGGAGGAACCUUUACCAUUCACUUAUCGGGCACGAUCAUACCAGGAAUACCGGUCCACAUCUCCCCGCUACACCUACGGGAAAUACUCAUUCUCAACGUCAAUGAUGUCACGGUUCAGUACAUUAAUACCCCAGACUUUACUGUUACCAGGGAUGUGUAUUCCUGCCAUCAUAUUGUUUGGACCUUGUAUUGGACUAAUAGGACCGGAGACUUGCCGGAUCUCAUCCAGGUUACUGCAGACAAUCUGACAGGACUGAACCCAACAGUUAUAACACGGGUGGUUUUUGAUGGAGGAGUGUUCAUAUGGCCAAUAUUUGGUGAUAUGUUAGCAUCCGCAAACCUCCUUCCUCAGGUCACUGUUCAUGUGAAUGACAUCCCGGCCAAUUGUUCAGGUUCUUGUACCUUCCAACAUCUUAUGACUGUGACCCCAGUAGUGACAGACAUUCAGUACUCUUCAGGUAGCAGAUGUGAUUAUACCAUCACUAUUGCUGGAUCUGGUUUUUCUAGAAGCCCAGAGGACAUAAAUGUACUGAUCAAUGAGAUAGAGUGUGAUAUCACUGAUGCGAAUACAUCUAGUAUAACGUGCUGCCCUAAGUCACGUCUACCACCAGGGAAGCAUGUAGUCACAGUGCAUGUGAAGCCGAUGGGUUUUGCAGUACAUGCCAGUGGAGAUUCUCUUCCUUUUUAUAUCACACCCCGUCUCUUCAAUGUCAUCCCAUCUAUUAUGUCACAAAUCGUGAAGGCAUCAGAAGUAGAGAACUUGGACUUCAAGUGCAGAGACCUCACCACCCUGAAAGUCCCUGCAAGAUAUAAGAAGCAGGCAAGGGGUUUUACUAGCUAA